AUGAUUGUGAAGUUGUUGGUGUUGUUCCUGUGCCUUCUUCACUUGGUGGAUUCGUGUCGUUUGAGAUGUCGAAACCGAACCCAAUGUGAUGAUGGUUGGACCUACUACAAAAGAAAUACAACUGGAUGGUGUAUGCAAGUUGUUUCGGAGCCUACCACAAAAACAGACGGUGCAGCGGCUUGUGGUGAAUUGGGAGCUGUGAUUUCAUCAAUCGAUGAUUCGGAAAUGAGAAUUGUGAUUGAAAGUUUGAGAGUUGCCUCGAAUAUUACAACAACAACUUGGAUUGGUGCCACAUUGAAAACUGAGUGUACGUCAGAUGAGUGUGAAAAAACUGAUGAUAAUCAUUGUAAACAAACUGAAACGUGUGGAUAUGAUCGAUUUAUUUGGACGGAUGGUUACACAACUACACAAUCCGACGAAUAUCUUGCUGACAGGAUAAAGAACACUACAAUUUUAUGGGGUGGCCAAAAAUAUAUUUCAUGGCAAGACUUGUGUUUUAGUUCUGGACAAUUUGGUAUGUGUACAAACGCAACCUUAAAACCGGCACUUUGUGGGAAGGUUUCUAACAGUUAAACAUUUUUCUUGUGGUUAAUAAAUCGGUUUAUUGCAAUAUCUUUGAUUUUGUUACAUAUUUUCAGCAAACUUGUUGCUCAUGUCAAUAACAUAUCACAGGUGGAGGAAAGUUGGCCAAUUUUUGGCCAACUUCCCCGUGCUCUAUUUCGUGCUCAUUUCCACGUCGAGGUUUUGAUCAGAAUUGUUCAGCAGCAUCUUUCUCGGCAUCAAAAACUCUAUCAAACUCUAUAUUGUUUCUGACUCAAGAUCAAAAUUAAAACAUCAAAUUCCCUAGAAACCGAAAAGUUGAAAAUCGGUUGAAAAACAAGGCGAAUUUAUAAUCAUUUUGUUCAGCUCGGAAUUCUGCGUCGAAUGGUGCUCACCAUUUUCCACCAAAAUGAUUUUAAACGGUUAAAAAUUAAAGGCGCAGACAUUUGAAUAAAAUGGUCCUGCAGGGAAAUGUGUGUGUGUACUUCUCUCGGACGAAAUGCACGCCACAAAUUUUUUUCUUUUUUUUUCGUUUUUUUUGUGUGUUCCUCGUUUUGUUAAAAAAUUAAGUGUUUGAAGCUGUGAGAAAUAUGUAAAAUAUGUUCCCCAUCCCGGAUCAAGCAGCAAAUUUCAUUAGAAUUUGGAAAUUCACACAUUGAACAUGAUUUUAGGCCAAAAAAUGAAAAAUUUCGAGUUUUUCAACAAAAGCAAUUUUCAAUUUCAUUUAAUUACACCAAUAUGUUUUCAUGAGUUUGAAUGGAAAAAUCCUUAUCAGAAUUGAAAAUUGAAAUGCCCUAGACCUAAUUUGCUACUGUUCUGGAAUCGUAAUAUGACUUUUCAGGGCUUCCUCCAAGAAGAAAGUUUUCACCAGGUGCAUCAGGAAAUGGUAAGAUGGAGAUGGGCAGAAACUAAGAAUCCAACUUCAAAUAGCUCAAGAAGGACAUCCGUGUCAUCGCCCGCCCACACUUAGGUUUGUUAUCUUGAAUGAGAAGUUUUCAGAUGACGGUCAUCAACCGUUGUCAAAAGAAGACUCAUUCGAUCAAGGGAGAAACUGUCGCUCAAAAGGUCAACUGGACUCGUGA